AUGCCUCUGUGGGGGACCGCGUCCGGCCCACCGCCGCCUCUGGCGGAGGGAGGAGGCGCGGAGGGGUCGGGCGGGUCGUCUGGUGCCGCGGCGAUACGGUCGCUGCUGCCUACCAGGCGGCGGCUGCGGCUUGACCCGCCAUCAAAGCUCUACUUCCCAUAUGAGCCUGGCAAGCAAGUCCGGAGCGCGGUGAAGAUCAAGAACAUCAGCAAGUCCCAUGUGGCGUUCAAGUUCCAAACAACAGCACCAAAGAGCUGCUUCAUGAGGCCUCCCGGCGGCAUACUUGCUCCAGGAGAAACCAUCAUAGCUACAGUGUUCAAGUUUGUGGAGCAUCCUGAGAACAACGAGAAGCCUUUAGAUCAGAAGUGCAAGGUCAAGUUCAAGAUUGUUAGCCUGAAAGUUAAAGGGCCUGUGGAGUAUGUUCCAGAAUUGUUUUACCUAUAUACUCGUAUGUCACAGUUCGAUGAGCAGAAAGAUCAGGUUGCAGUUGAACAAAUUCUGCGGGUUAUUUUCUUGGAUGCUGAGCGUCCUAGCGCACAACUGGACAGACUCAAGCGUCAGCUCGCUGAAGCUGAAGCAGCUCUUGAGGCACGCAAGAAGCCUCCAGAAGACACCAGUCCCCCUAUCGUUGGUGAAGGGCUUGUGAUCGAUGAAUGGAAGGAACGAAGAGAGAGAUAUCUUGCUCGUCAGCAGGUUGAAGAGGUUGAUUCGGUAUAA